AAUCAUUUAGCUAGGAGAAUGGCUCUCAAUCCACAAUAUGAAGAAAUUGGGAAAGGAUUCGUGCAACAGUACUACCUACUUUUCGACAAUCCCAGUACGCGAUCCGGAUUAGCCAAUUUCUACAAUGUGGAGACUUCCUUCAUGACCUUCGAGGGGCAACAAAUUCAGGGCUCAUUGAAGAUUAUUGAGAAAUUACAGAGCUUAGCAUUUCAGAAAAUUAAUCGAAUCAUAACAUCAGUAGAUUCCCAGCCAAUGUUUGACGGUGGAGUCCUUAUAAAUGUCCUGGGGCGCCUUCAGUGCGACGAUGAUCCCCCACAUGCCUACAACCAAAUAUUUGUGCUGAAACCAGUGGCUAAUUCAUUUUACUGUGCUCACGACAUCUUUCGCCUCAACAUCCACGAUACAGCCUAAUUAUCAACAAAAUCUCCAAACUCAUCAUUUAUCAGUCGAAAAAUGAAUUUUCUUUUAAUGAAAAAAAAAAACAAAUAUCCUGAAAUGAAAAUUAUACCUCCAAAUAAUUUCUCUCACAAACUAUUAUAUAUUUAGUUUCAAAGAUUUAUUGUGUCUUUAUAAAUUUAUAAUAUCUCACUAACUUCAAAUUAUAUAAGGACAUAUUAUUACAGUAAAGAAAACAUCGUACUAUGAAAUAACAGAGAUUUAAAUUUAUAAAAAAAUGCAUUGCGUUUUGUGCCUCCCAUCAAAACUAUUAAAAAUGCAAAUUGUUUAAGAAUUUAAGCUUAUUACAUAUUUUUUAAAUUCAGCUGAAAACAAGUUAUCACCAUUCAUGAAUUAAUUCUUUUUAAUAAAACAAAAAAAAUCUUUAAUCUUUGUCAUUUUCAAUUUUAUUGUAAAGAAUAAAUGAAAUGGAAAGUUGCAAAAAAUA